AUGUAAUGUUGUCGAGUGGUCAUUGCUGCCCACCAGUAGGUGUCAGUCACGCUGCGGUUAGCUGUCUAGUACACCUGUAAACCAACGAAGAAGAAACGUGUCUGUCCCACUAGACCUCUGCAAGGUGUCUGAACCACCGCUGUCGAGCCAAGACACCCCCUGCCUAGCCCUGGAUUAAUUUCUCCCACCUUUUAGCAGCCCCUUUUCUCAACCAUGGCGACGAGUGCGAAGCGAAAACAAGAAGAGACGCAUCUUAAGAUGCUCCGGGAAAUGACUAGCCAGCCCCCGAAUAGGAAGUGCUUUGAUUGCGACCAGCGCGGCCCGACUUAUGCCAACAUGACAGUGGGUUCCUUCGUCUGUACCACCUGUUCUGGCAUCCUACGAGGCCUGAAUCCCCCCCACAGAGUGAAGUCCAUCUCUAUGACCACCUUCACACUACAGGAAAUUGAAUUCUUACAGAAACACACCAAUGAGGUUUGUAAAUACAUCUGGUUGGGGCUGUACGAUGACAAGACAUUGGUUGUUCCAGACUUCCGUGAACCACAGAAAGUAAAAGAAUUCCUCCAGGAAAAAUAUGAGAAGAAAAGAUGGUACGUCCCUCCAGACCAGGCGAGGACGGUAGCCAUGGCCCAGGCCUCCAAGUCGGGCUCCUCAGCCAGCAGCACAGCCAGCACCCCGGAGGUCCAGCCCCUGAAAACCCUGCAGCUCAACAAGACCCCCCUAACACGUCAGUCCCCGAUGGUGGUUCGUUCCCUGGCCCAUCCCAUAGUUCAGGAGAAGAAGUUUGACCUCCUUACAGACCUGGGCGGAGACAUCUUUGCCGCUCUGCCCUCUCAGGCUGCCAGCAACGCCAAUUUUGCCAACUUUGCGAAUUUCCCCAGCCAAUCAGUGACUAAGGUUAACUCAAAAGCUGACUUUGCCAACUUUGAGAUGUUUGGCAACUCUGGAGUACCUCCGCAUUUCAGGACCUCACCCCCCUCUCAGUCGUUUGCGUCAGGGCGAGGUGUCCCAGUGCCGUCAGCGGCUGGUGCUGUACCAGCCCAGUCCCAGCUGGGCACCUCGGCAGAGGACCGCUACGCUGCCCUGGCUGAGCUGGACAACGAGCUGAGCUCCUCUGCCCCCACAGGGAGUAGUGUCCAGGGUGAAUCUAGGAAUUUGUUUGGAGCUGUGUUGGGAACCUCGCCUGCCCAGACUCAGCCAGUCUUACCCAACAUGCAGCAAGGCUUUGGAGCCGUCUCAUCCAAUAACCCAUUUGUUGCUGCUGCUGCCCCAGAUAUGGCUACCAACCCCUUCCAGACCAAUGGUAUAGCACCGGCCGCAGCCUCGUUUGGCACAGGCUCUAUGAGUAUGCCUGCUGGCUUUGGGAAUGCCUCCUCUUACUGCCUCCCGACCAGUUUUAGUGGGACCUUCCAGCAGCCCUUCCCUGGCCAGGCCCCCUGCCCUUACCCCCAGCCAGGGGCCUACCAACCCCAACAACCUAAUGGCCCUGGUGGAUAUACAGUCUAUGGACAGACCAAGCCCUCCAUGACCCCCUUUGGGCAGCUCAUGACUGGUCCUGGGAUGACCAAUAACCCAUUCAUGGGGAGUAUUUAAUAGUGUGCGGGAGCCCCGGCCGGAUCCUACCCCUCUGGAAGCUCCAACACCAACCCCUUCCUGUAGCGCGCCUCCCUCCCCGUCGUCACCACCAGAGGGCAGCAUACAGCACCUAUUCAAUGUACCGGCUCAGUCACACCUUGUGACUUGACAGUACAUUUCUGAAACUCUGAAAUCAAGAUUUUCUUAACUAUGUUUACGACACUAUGAAGGACUAUGGGACUGGGGACUGCCCUGGAACGAUGCCCUGGGACUUAUACGGUCUCUAUACAUAUUUUGUAGUUUGUUAUGUUUGACAGUAUUAUUGUGCAUGUCGGCAUUUGUAUUCACGUUUAAAAUAAAUGUUAUGUAUAAUUAGGACUUGACGUGGGCGGAGGACAUUGCUGGUGCCACUACAAUGUUUCUACUGGUGUGUUUAUAUGAUAACUAACAUGGUUGUAUACAACAGGUCUAGGAGGGAACUGAGGUGACCAAGAUUUUUUUCUCAUUGGGAACGAUGAUGAUUAGAUGUUGGUGAAGAAUCAGGCUGGUGAACAAGGUGUCACCGGAGGCCAUAUUCGGUAUCAUUUAAUGAAUUCCGUGUUAAAGAAACAAUGUAUUGUGGUUUCAAUUGGCACGACGCCUCUGCCUGCAGUUACGGUGUCCGGGACUGUUAUUUGGUGCAUGAUUAAUACCACUAUUACUUGGGGUGCCACCUGGGGUGUGUUCAGCAGGGUACAAGAUUGUGUAGCAGGACACCCCCCCCCCCCCCCCCCCCCCAAAAAAAAA